AAUCACAUGAGAGGAAACGGUCACUAUGUAUUGAUAGCAUUAUAUAGCUACGACAGCAUUCGAUCUAGGAGCAAAUGAGGCAGGUAGGUAGGAACCAUCUUGAUUUCCGAAUCUGUUCACCCAGAUCCCUUACUCCAGUCUACUAACCAACUCAGUAGUGUUCUAACAGUUCCCCCGCCUUUGAAUCUCAGCUAACAUAAACUAUGGCCGAUCCUCCCGUGCCUCAAGUCCAUCUCAAGGAUCCUCCUCUGCCUCCCUACCAUGUCUACGCUAUUGCCCGCCUUGCUGGCCACUACCGAUGUCUGGGAGGUGUCUGUUGCCCAAGCCCAUACGAGAACACGACGAAAGAGUCCGUUGUCUUGCUUCUGCGAAGAAUUUUCUCGGACGCGUCGAACCGUAUCCCCCUGGUUCUUGAAUUAGAGCUUGGUUCAGACAUCUAUGCCCGCCGUGGUCCUCCGCACAGCCCGCCGCCGUCAGAAGAGCCGUGCUUCCCUUUUAUACACACAUGCUUGUGCGUUGGCUCGGCAUCGCUCAUGGAGGACGCGCAUUUUGGAGAGAGUGUUUUUCCGUUGUCUGCGGACGAGAUCCUGGGCAAUUGUCCCGUGGGUUGCUCAGAGUCACUAGUGCCCAAGGAAGUGGGCAUGUCGGUUAUUUUUAUCGAUGUCACUGAUCCAAGCGACAUCAGACAUCGCUUUGCGACCUGGGAACCUGACCUGGAUCCAUCAUUACGAUCAACAAAGCUUGAGCAUCUGGUGACCGGGUGGUCGUUGCCUCUAUGGUCUGUUGUCGAGAUGAAUACGGGGCUCUUCACUGAACAGGAAAAGCGCGAAGUGGCAUCUGCUUCGAGGAUAGAGCUUGGGGCAUUAAAAGAGACUUGGCCAGGGGUAAUUUGGAAUCCUGAUCCCUCGCAACGACCGGUCACCCUGCCCCCGGACAGGCUCACUUAUGCCCGACGACGUGAAGAGUGGGCGAUGGAUCCUAUGGUAGUAACCAUGGCCCAGGUGACUUGGGGGGAACUGGUAAGGUACGAAGCACCUCAACCUAUGGGCCAACGUGCAGCAACUCGUUUGCAUAUCAGACUUGAAAUGAAGAAGCAAAAGGGUAAAGUGGUGGCAUGGAACGACGCCGUUCAGCUUCUGAGAUGGGCAUACCGUGACGAAAUCUUUCUGGACUGGGCCUGCUUCGCUGGUCUUACAGCACGUGUUGUGCAGCUGGUGCUCGAAUAUGACCCCCGAGCCGGCGGUAUCCCACUUGCAAGUGAUCGGGUCCUGACUCUUUGUCCUGACUGGGAGAAGGAGGAGCCCAAGGCACUUGCGGAAGCUAUAUGCUCCCCCAAGGUCGUUCGUUUUUGUGAUGUUUACAUCAUGACACUACCCGAGCAAGCUGCGUCAGUAGAGAUCUGUCGAAAAACCGGUCAGCUCUUUGAGUACCUGGCGGAAAACGAACGCCGUCCAACAGGGAAGAUGUUGCUCACCGGGGCGUAUAGCUCGAGUCUGCACGAGAGAUUCUGGCUUCCCCAACCCAGCAGUCUCUCAGUAGCUCGACGGUCCCCCGUGUUACAGUUUAUUCUCCACAACUGGGAAUACUCUCCUGAGGGUAUCACUGGCAUUAGCUCGAAUACCUUCCAGUCCUACUAUCUCGGAGAUGCUUUUCUGACUCCCGUCAAGGUUGUCAACGGCCUACUUGAUUUCAUCUACCAAACCCAUUGGACCCCCGACGACGACAAGCUCGGGCCACCAUGGGGAGACGGUCUCCGACUUUGCAUAUGUCUGUCUCGAGCCUCCUCAACCUUUGACCAAGACCAUGAACGCCCUCAAGUUCAAAUUAGCCCUCUCCCCGCAGAGGCCUACUCCAUCGCCCGCACAACUUCCGCCUUCCGAGUCCACCCCGAGAGAUACUGUCAAAGCGAGAGUGAGCCACAUCCGCGUUACUAUUCUAAGCUCCGCGAUAUAGACCACGACAAUUGGACCCUGCUUCUUGUACAGGAGAGACACAAUGCGGUCGAAGAGAGACUCCAGCCAAACGGGUCGAGCGAAAUGAUUCCGUCGAUGAGACUCCAGUUGAGCUACUGCUUUGUCCGAUCGUCCAACCCCGAAUCCAGAUUCUCACUUACCGCCAAACGCUGUCACCCGUCAGACUAUGUUCGAGGAAGCACGAGGUGGAUCGGUGAAUGCCCGUUAAGCUGGCUAAACCUUGAGGCUACGGACAUGGAGGGCUUCCUCUUGAACACUAUGGGCCCCGGAGUAGAUAUCACAAAGUUGGACGCCCGAAUCGAUCAUUACGAUGAGAGAUCCGCAUGGGCGUUGUCCACUAGGGGUGACGUACGACACGAAGACAUUUGGCAGAUAUUGGAGGUGAUGAGUGCCGAAGAAGCCAGAGGCGCGUUGAAGCGUCAUUCGAAAAAUCUGAAAGUGACAACGGAGGACAUGGACAGGAUGAGAGAUCGGUGGUCCAAGGUUCUGUUGCGACCCCGCUGGACUUUGAUCUGGGUGCUUGCCGGUGCCGGUGCCUUGAAAUUGUGCCGUGGAGACAAUUCUGUUCCAUUCCUGCAAGCACCUGCACCUUCAGCCGCCAUCAACAACACAGGGGCACUCAGUUCGUUACUUCGUUUGCCCAUUCAUUGA